CAUUUACUCAACAUUCGCUCAGCUCUCCGUCACUCAUUUGCUCUCACCAUGUGGCUGCUCAUUUUUACAGGUCUCUUGACGGUCUCCGUUGGUGAAGAAACCAUCGCCAAUGUUGCCAAGAAGACGUCAUCAGCCAACGUCGAUGAUAUUAUCCUGCUGGAGAUCGAUAUCAAAGAUCCUGUGAAAAGGUCACCAAUUUCCGAUAGCGCCAUUUACGAAUCUCCAGCCAGUCAAUUUGUUAUUCGUCACGGUGAUGAUUCUAGACAGCUAUCGCCCGAAUAUUUAGCUGUUUUGCGACAAUUUACCGGAAAUGAACCGCAGCCGUACACAAGCUCAAACAAUGUGGCUCAACGCAGACCGCUUCCAACUUAUGCCAAACAGCAGCAGGCGCUGCAACAGGCAUAUUACAAUUACCGUAAGCCCGCCGUGGUUCCUCCCAGACCAAGAGCUCAGUUGCAUUCUCAGGCAUUGGCUCAGGCCGAAGCCGUAGCGCAAGCUCAGGCACAUGUCGAUGCGCAAAAUCGCGCUGCGGCAUUGCAGCAGGCGCGAAGCCCGUCUGGAGCACCCACAUAUCAAGUAGAAUCUUACACUUCACCGAAAUUGGGUACUUUUGAGCAAGAAUUGCUGCAAUUGGUAUCUGCCAAUCAGGCCCAGGAGUUUAAUUUGAUUCCAGCGCAACCUAAAAGCGACUAUUCGCAACAAGGAUAUAUUAAAUCGACGCCGGUAGCACCGGCAUCUCAGUUACCCGAGCAGUACCAUAUUGAGACUAGUCCGCCUCCUCGUUAUCCACCGCAGCAGCGAGUUGCAGCGACAUAUCAGUCAGUUGAACAACCAGUUCAGCUUCAGUACCAAACAGCGCAGGCAAAGGGCGUUCAAGAUCGGCCUUUCAGACCGUCUCCGCAAUAUGAUUAUGCGGAUGAUGGUGCUCAGCUAAAAGCUCAUCAAGCGCAAAUUCAGGCCGAAGCCGAGGCGAAUGCCAGGGCUCAGGCCCACGCCGAGGCGCAAGCCUUAGCUUUCCAAAAGAUCGCUCAGGCGUCGUAUCAGAAACAUCACGACGCCGCUCUGGAACAGAUCAGAGUCGAUCACGAGAGAUACAAACAACAACAAAGCGCCUUGGAACAAAUUCAACAAGGAGAUCACGUCAGUGAGGCUGGACAAGCUCAUAUCGAGGGUCGACUGCAACCAAAGGAUCCAGAAGCUGUUUAUAGAGCCAAAUUGAAGGCACAGGCGGCUGCCGAAGCUGCCGAAGCCAGAAGACUUCAAACAGAUGCUGAAUAUAAGGCUCACGCCGAUGCCAUACGCCAAGUCGAAGCUCAGCAACAGGCCCAUGUGAGAGCCCAGGAGAAGGCCCAUCACGAUGCUUUAAAUUUUGAGAGAAAUCAAUUGCGUGCCCAAGCCCAAGCGCAGGCGCUGGCACAGGCUCAGGCCGAGGCUUUGUAUAAAGUUUAUCAACAAUCGCGCGCCAAAGCUAACAGCGAGAUUCUAGCGAUUGCCAAAGCCCAAGCCGUAGCUAAAAAAGUAGAUCCUGAUGGCACACCAGUCGUUCAGUAUCUUCUACCUACUAAUCCCAAACUUCCAUCACCCAAUAAUUAUUUUACCAAUGACGACGUAAACAAGUAUCAGGCUUCCGGCUCUACUUAUGCUCCUAGAUCGGUAACUAAGCCAGAGUCUACUACGUCCACCAAUGGUGAUUCCAACGUUGAAGAACAAGUUUACGUCCAACCUGUUAUCAAUCAACCUCGGCAAGUGCACAAGCUGAAAGUUGCACCAACUCAAUCCUCUGUCUACAUUUCUCAGUCGGGUCUUUUGAAAAAGUCACCCGUUAAAUCUCUUACCAUCGAGGAGAUUAUCGAUCAAGAUCAACUAAACAAUCCUCAAGUUGUACGUAUACCCUCAUCUAAAGAUCAACAACCUCUGAAUCAAGAAGAGUUAUCUGCCCUUAUUAAUGCCGGUUAUAGCGUUACUCCAAUACCUCAGACAGUUAAGUCGACACAGCAAAGCUACGUGCCGGAAAAUGCAUCUGCAGUGUACUACUUGAAGAAACAACGACCAGUAGCUAGGCCCGAAUAUGUUGCGUAUGAAGAAAUCGUACAGCGACCUCGAAGACCUACUAGAAAGAAUACAUCUGAUCUCAAACAGGAUAAUAUCGAUGCUAGCGAAAAGGUUACUUACUUGGUACCCUUAGAGCCCAGUUUUGGUACAAGGCAGUCAUCACUUAAGAGUAACGAGUAAUAGUCGCAUAGACUUUCUCAUCGUCAAAAAGUGAUGGCAAAACAUUAGAAACUUUUUUCGCGCAAAUGUUAUUUUUCUUUCAAAUUUAUUUAUCUUGCGUCACGUAUAAUACUAUGAUCUUGUCUUUUUGUAUCAGACUCACAAAUAGCAAAUAUACAUAUAUAUAAGAGAUCAGUCAAAAAGAUAAUUUUUAUAAGAGUAUUAUUUAAAUUUUUUUCUUUUUCUUUAAUUUCUAUGGUUUGUGUGUUUGGGCGGUUGCACGAACAAGUCUAUUUUUGUAUCAAUUACUAUUUUUAAUAUUUUCUUCAUUACUUAUUAAUAACAAUUCUUUUCCAAACCUACUUUUCAAUAUAUAUGGUUCAGUGAGUUCAUGAACUCGGAGAAAAAGAAAAAGAAAACAUCCAUGUACUUUGUACACAAUUUUGAUCCUGAGCGCUGAUUUAUCAUUAGAUAUUUUCUUGGAUAGUAGAUUUAUGAAGUGUAUUGUGAAUAAUUUAUAUUAAAUUAACUACUCGCAUCUUGUGCUAAAAAUUGAAGAAUGAAAGUAGAUUUUGCUGCAAAAUGCUGAUUUCGAAAAGUAAAAUAAAUUAUUAUAAAAUUACAUUGAAUAUUAUAACAAUUUUUCCAAAAAAAUCGAUUUAGCACAUAUAAAUACAAGGAAAAAUGCAUAUUACAAAUUUAUUUUGUUGUAUAUGACAACAAAUAGCAUAUAAUCGGAAAAAUUUUGUAAUUAAUGUUACGCAACAUUAUUAUAGAUAUAUUUGUAUGCGAUGGUAUUGAAUUGAAUAAUUUUAUUAAUUUAUAUUUUUUUGUAAAUAGUAGAAUUUUAGCUAAUAAAAAUGUUUAAAAAUUUUGCUUCCUAGUACACGUGAUAUUCGUCAUAUUUUUGUUUUUUGAAUGUUUCUUCAAAUAUUUAUUAAUACAAAAGUAAAAAAGAGUGUUAAUUGUAACGAGAAAUAUUUUUUUAUUAAAAUUUCUUAUAUUGUUUAAAUAAAAAAUAUGAUACUAAAAGUUAAUUUAAUAAGCCAAUUUUUAUUAUUUUGUCAUAAUAUAAUUUAGAUAAUUAUGUUGCAUGAUAUUAAUAAGAUUUACAAUCUUAUUUUUUAUUCAUAUUACCAUCAACGUAUCAUAUCAAUUAAUUCAUCAUUAUUAUCACAAUUAUUAAAAUUAAUUGAAAGAAAAUAGUCAAAGAAAAAGAGAAUAUCAAUAAUUUUAAAAAGAUAUUUCAAAGUAUGAUUAUGUAUACAUUGAAACGUUAUGUUAUAAAGCAUAUAAUAAAUAUAGCAAUAUGCCUUUUAUCCCGUUACAUGAAAAGAUAUGAUUUUUGCCAUCAUUGUUGUUUAACAACAAAUAAUGACUUUACUCAACAACAUUAAGCAACUUACAUUAAUUAUGUGCAAAUGCACCGAUAUAUCGAUUACUAGCAAAGCUCUUGCGCCUGCAAGAAUUUAUGCCACAAUAGUUUAUAAGAAAACCGUCUUUUCCAUCUACUAAUAUUAUUAUAGAAUUGAAAAUAUUGGUGAACUUUAAUUUGCGUCACAGCUGUAAUAAUAAUUUUAUGAUUAGUAUCUUUCGUGAAUAAGAAAGAGAAAAAAAGAGAUCGAACAGAGUGCCUGUAAAAUGUUUCAAAAAUGAUAAAAAUUGCAUAAAUAGUUUUUGCUAAUUUUUCUCAUCUUGCUAAUCUUGAUGAAAAAUAAGUCUGCAUUUAGUAAUAAUUAAAUUAUAUUGGCCAUAAGCUAUAUUUGAUUAUAUUUUUUAAUAAAAAAUCAUUAAUUUUUUUUUUUCUCUCAAAUUCUAUGAACUUAUUUUAACUUGUAAUAGGAAGUAAAUAUUGAAUGAUUCUCUGAAAUUUUUCUGCGUCGAAGUUGACAAGGGUAACCGCUCUGCCUAGUUACUGUAAGGUCUACUAGUUAUUGUAAGGUCAUAACAUUGACCUCAAUAAUACAAGGUAGUUCCAUUCUCUUAUCUCUCUAUUUCAAUUAUAAAAUUUAUUUUAAUUAAGAAAAUUGUUAUGCUGAUAACACAAACAAUAAAAUGACGAACAUCCAAUGUUGAUAAAAAAUAGCGCAAAAACGAUGUGAUUUAAAAUACGAUAAACUUUACAAGUUAUAUAAAAUACGAGCUAUAUAAAAUUCUUUUUUUCCAUAUUUCUUUUAGGUUAUUUGUGAUAUUGCUUCAAUAUUUAAAAUUUAUUUAAUAAUCAAGUAAAAAUUAAUAUUUAAUGUAUUCUAUACUAAUCUAAUGCAAUUCUAUUCUAAUGUAAACUAUAUAUUAUAUAUUUAAAUGUAAAUUUGUUUGAUAAAUUUAUAAAUAAAAUUUGGUAUAAAUACAUGAUAUACCUAUAAAUUAAUAAAUGCUAUCAUAUAAAUA